AUGGAUUUUGAGCUCUUGGAUCCCACAAUUGCUUUCUCAGACCAAUACAUGAUUGGAGAAAACAUUGGAAGCAGUUCCUUUGGAAUAGUUUACAAAGCAAAGCGCUUGGCCACAGAAAAGGAAUACGCUGUAAAAGUUCUUCGAAAGCUUCCAUUCCGUCCCCACAAACUUCGCAACGCCCCUAUCCUUAAGGAAGUACUCAUCUUACAGAACCUUGGACACACAAACAUCGUCAACCUUCAUGCAGCUUUUGAGUCCAAGAAGGAAAUCUACCUGGUCAUGGAGUUCAUGCGCCAUGGCGACCUUGAAAGCCUUAUACAAAAGUACAAGGGUCUAGAUGAAUCAGUUUCCAAAACAGCCCUGAAUCAGAUUUGUGACGGGCUGGAGUACCUUCAUUGUAUCGGCAUUGUUCAUAGAGACGUUAAGCCUCCGAAUGUUCUAGUGGCUGGCACUACACCGCUACGCUUGAAGCUGACCGACUUUGGCAUCUCAAAAGUUGUCAAUGAUACAACCUUCAUGAGGACACUGUGUGGGACGCCAAUGUAUAUGGCUCCUGAGAUCUACGCCCCAGGCGCGGGUGUCGACCAUCACUACGAUCGGAAAGUUGAUUCUUGGAGCCUCGGUGUUACUCUAUUCAAGAUGUUGGUGCACCUCAGUUCACAUAUAUCGGCUGUUAUCAAGCAAAUACCCAUUCUCAAAGAAGGACGUUCCAAGACCGCCCGACUAUCAGGACAAACGCUUCCCAAAGUGGGACCGUCUCCCGGAGAGGAUGCGAAACGUUAA